AGGCAGUGCAGAUAUAAGUAAAUAAUAUAGCUUAUGUAGUGCAGGUUUAAGUGCAAGAAAUACUAAUAGUAAGAAAUUAUAUACAGAAUAAACACCUGGAGGUAUGAUAUGAAUAUAGUGUAUACACCGCAGAUCUUACAGGCUGUGUACAGUAUAGACAGUGGCAUAAUAUGAAUACUCUAUAGUACAGCAUGACCAGUUGUAUAAAGUCAUUUGUUUUUAGUCUUGAAGACCCCCUGCACGUUUUAACAGUUCAAAAACAUAUUUAUACUUGUUUUAUCGGCUUGAGUGUGUUUGAUACUUAUGUUUGAGGUCUCAGUGACUUCAGCUGUAAAACGUGUUUAAAUACAUUUGAUCUUCUAUGUUCUAUAUGUGCGAUUACUGACACUACUCUUUACACAGCACCACAACUCCCAAAAAAUGUUGGUUGUCUAUUUGUUAUUCUGUUGAGCUUUAUAAGAGAGUGCUUAAAGGAAAAGUGUGUAAGAUUUAAUGAGAUUUAGUGGCAUUUAGUGGUGAGGAUUGCAGCUUGGAACCAGCUGAAACUUCUCCCGAUAAGAAUACCUUAAGUGUGUAUUGUUCAGGACGUUUUUACCAGGAGCUGAAUUAUCCACAGACGUCUCCUCCUCCCCAAAACAAACGGACCAGGAGUGUGACAGAAAUGAGUUGCACUUUCCAUCCCCUGGUUUCUCGCAGCGGAUUCUCCCAUGGCCGCUUUGUGCUUGUCCCGUCCCUGUUUCUCAGAGCUCUCAGCUCCAUGCCCCAGAUCAGCCGAAGCCUGCAAGAGAGCUACAGGCUUCUACAACUGCCUGACAAGGGACACAGCAGUCCUGCACAGGUGAAAGAGGCCUACUUGUGCCUAGCCAAACUCUACCAUCCAGAUUCUGGGGCUCCAACAGCAGAUGCAGUUCUGUUUGCUCAGGUUGAGCAGGCCUACCGUGCUGUGCUGGCACAUCAGAGCAAGACCAAGCAACCCGAUAGAGGACAGGAAGUGGAAAGUGAGGAUAGGUCCAGAGGUACAGCACUUCCACACAGACACUACCUCAGUUACGAGGGAGUGGGCUCAGGCCCACCCAGCCAACGUGAGCGUCAGUACCGGCAGAUCCGUGUCGACAGGGCAUCUGAGCAAGUUUUGAACUACAGGCAGAGGGAGCAUGAGAGGGCAGCCGCUGCAGAGGGGGCACUGGUGGAACGGGACAUGCGUCAGCGCAGCCGACAGAUCAAGAUCACCCAGGCUGUGGAGCGGCUUGUGGAGGACCUGAUCCAGGAGUCCAUGGCCCGAGGAGACUUCAGGAACCUGAGUGGAGCUGGAAAGCCACUCAACAAGUUUGAGCACAAUCCAUACGCUGAUCCCAUGACCCACAACCUCAACCGCAUCCUCAUAGACAAUGGUUACCAGCCACCCUGGGUCGUCACACAACGCGACAUCCGAGAGACCGCUGCUCAGAUCCGAAAUAGGUUGCUCGGGGGCAGGGCCAGGCUUGGCGACCCCAUGACCCCCGAGGAGCACAGCCAAUGGGAGCAGCUGUGCGCAUCUGUACAGGAGGAGCUGGUGAAACUUAACAAAAUGGUGGACAAUUACAACCUCAUUGUACCAAUGCUCAACAUGCAAAUGGUUCACUUCAGUUUGUCACGAGAGAUUGACCGCGCUGUGAAAGGAGCCCGCCAACACAGACUGGACCAGCAGAGAGAGAGGGAGAAGGAGAGAGAGAGGAGGAAGGAGGAGAAAAAAAGAGCCAACACUGUAAUUAAGCGUAAAAAUUCCAAACAAGGCCUGAUGUCUUGGAUGAAGAAUUUACUGAAAUCAAAACAGUAAAACUUGAAUCUGAGUGAACGGAAUAAUGAUUUGAGAUCAGUGGUUUAUUAAUUUAUUCAUUUGUUUUCACUGAUAUGAAUCAGCACAGUCCACGAGGCAAGACGGAUUUGUUCAUCCACUUAUUCCUACACACUCUGAAUCAAAGUCAGAAACAGUGGUGCCACUAAUUUAACUCUGCGUCACUGCUGUUAUUGUUCAGAUAUGCAGGAUCGUCAGGUGUCAGUGGAGGAGUAUUAUUGAGCAGUCAUGGCUGUGGGACUGUAAAGUGUGAGGAACUGCACGUGUUGAUAACAAAAAGCAACGUGAGGCAAUUUUAUGGUGCAAGUUGUUUCUGUGAAAUUACUUCUCUGAAAUACAAACCCAACACUGUAACUAUUGGUUGCUAUGUGACAU